CCAGAUGGCAUCGUGGAGGUAGGUGUGAUAUUGGAGAGAAAGAGAGAGGGUGGAUGACCUGUGACGCGAACCAGCCUCCUCAUUGGAGCGCGCUGGGCGGCGGAGAGAGAGGAGGGGGGGUUCAUUUGUUGCCAUAGUGAAAAAGUAGAUUAACCACCGCGAGGAUGAUGCCCUGACGGACGGGGAUGCUGCGAACCUCCAGGAACAUUCACCUGUCCUGCAAGCAAAGGUUGCACUGCUGCACCUGUCUCAGCUGUUGCAGUGAUGGUCCCACCUUGAAAUUCCAAAGGAACGAAAGACAAAUCUGAGGAAAGGAAUAUAUUGAAAUCAUCACAGUCCUGCCAUGGCCUGGAGACGUUUUUCUAGGAUAAGUAGUUUCCUGUGACGGCUCUGCACAACAAAUUUGACACCUUCCUCUCCUUUUGCUACCAUAACGGACCCAGAUGAUGCUUUGCCUGCUGCUAGUUCUUUCCAUCUUGGUGGGUUCUCAUCAAGCCGGCUCUGCCCAGUCCAGUGAACGACGAGUUGUAGCACAUAUGGCAGGUGACAUUAUCAUCGGAGCGUUAUUCUCUGUCCAUCAUCAGCCUCCUGCUGACAAGGUACAUGAGCGCAAGUGUGGUGCAGUGCGAGAGCAGUAUGGCAUCCAGAGAGUGGAGGCCAUGAUGCAUACACUGGACCGCAUCAAUGCGGACCCGCAAAUCCUCCCCAACAUCAGCCUAGGCUGUGAGAUCCGGGACUCCUGUUGGCAUUCAGCUGUAGCUUUGGAGCAGAGCAUUGAGUUCAUACGGGAUUCGCUGGUCUCCUCUGAUGAGGCUGAGGAGUGGGGUGGAGGAAGUUCAUGGGGAGGGGGGGGAGGUGGUGGAGCGACGAUGAAGUGUGCUGACCCCUCUGCCACCCCAAUGCGGGGAAAGAAGCCCAUUGUGGGUUUAAUUGGACCAGGGUCAAGCUCAGUGGCUAUCCAAGUCCAGAACCUGCUACAGCUAUUUAACAUACCACAAAUUGCCUACUCUGCCACCAGUAUGGACCUCAGCGACAAGAGCCUUUACAAAUACUUUAUGCGGGUGGUGCCUUCAGAUGCCCAGCAGGCAAGAGCUAUGGUGGACAUUGUCAAGAGAUACAACUGGAGCUACGUAUCUGCUAUACACACCGAAGGCAACUAUGGUGAAAGUGGGAUGGAAGCAUUCAAGGACAUGGCAGCCAAGGAGGGCAUUUGUAUCGCCCACUCUGGCAAAAUCUGGAGCAACGCUGGAGAACAAAGCUUUGACCGGCUGCUGGAGAGACUAAGGGCUCACCUGCCCAAGGCCAGAGUAGUGGCGUGUUUCUGUGAAGGCAUGACCGUUCGCAAUAUCCUCAUGGCUAUGAGACGCCAGGGGCUGGUUGGAGAGUUCCUCCUCAUCGGCAGUGACGGAUGGGCCGACAGGUAUGACGUGACAGACGGCUUUGUUAGGGAAGCAGCUGGUGGCAUCACCAUCAAGCUCCAGUCAGCUGACGUGAAAUGGUUCGAUGAAUACUACCUUAAGCUUCGUCCAGAAAACAACCACAGGAACCCAUGGUUUCCAGAAUUCUGGCAGCAUCGCUUUCACUGUCGUUUGAAAGGCCACCCACAGGAGAACAACAAGUUCAACCGCACCUGUAGCAAACGAGAGUCCCUUCGGCAGCAAUAUGCACAGGACACUAAGAUGGGCUUUGUCAUAAAUGCCAUCUACUCCAUGGCAUAUGGCCUGCAUAACAUGCAACGGGCACUGUGCCCAGGUUAUCAGGGCCUGUGUGAUGCCAUGCGACCUAUAGAUGGAGCUACCCUGCUGGACUUCCUGAUGAAAACUAACUUUACGGGUGUGUCAGGGGAGGGAAUCUUAUUUGAUGAAAAUGGAGACUCACCUGGCAGGUAUGAAAUAAUGAACUUCAAAAAGAUGGGAAAGGAGUACUACGACUACAUUACUGUUGGCAGCUGGGACAACAGUGGCUUGAAGAUGGAUGAUGAUGAAAUCUGGCCCAACAAAGAGUCUAUCAUCAAGUCAGUCUGCAGUGAACCUUGUGACAAAGGACAGAUUAAGGUAAUCCGUAAAGGGGAAGUGAGUUGCUGCUGGACGUGCACCCCCUGUAAAGAAAAUGAAUUUGUGUUUGAUGAGUACACUUGCCGCGCCUGUGAACUGGGCUCCUGGCCAACUGAUGAUCUCACAGGCUGUGACCCAAUACCAGUGGAAUACUUGCGUUGGGGAGACCCUGAACCCAUUGCUGCGGUUGUCUUUGCCUGCCUUGGCCUAAUGGCCACAUUCUUUGUCACUGCAGUCUUCAUCAGGUUCCGGGACACCCCAGUAGUGAAAUCUUCCAGCAGGGAGUUGUGUUACAUUAUACUGGCAGGAAUCUGCCUGGGAUACUUGUGUACCUUCAGUCUCAUAGCAAAACCCCAUGUCAUCCACUGCUACCUCCAACGACUGGGAAUAGGUCUGUCACCUGCCAUGAGCUACUCUGCACUUGUCACCAAGACGAACCGUAUUGCUCGGAUCCUGGCAGGAAGCAAGAAGAAGAUCUGUACGAAGAAACCUCGCUUCAUGUCUGCCUGUGCUCAGCUCAUCAUUGCCUUCCUCCUCAUACUACUACAGCUGGGCAUAAUUGUGGCGCUUUUCCUCAUGGAGCCACCUGCGGUGAUCCACGACUAUCCCAGCAUUCGCCAGGUCAACCUCAUUUGCCACACAACUAAUCUUGGAGUGGUUGCCCCACUAGGAUACAAUGGCCUGCUCAUCCUCAGCUGCACCUUUUAUGCCUUCAAGACCCGCAACGUUCCAGCUAAUUUCAAUGAGGCUAAAUACAUUGCCUUUACCAUGUACACCACAUGUAUUAUCUGGCUGGCAUUUGUACCCAUCUACUUUGGCUCCAACUACAAAAUUAUCACCAUGUGCUUCAGUGUCAGCCUCAGUGCCACUGUGGCUCUGUGCUGCAUGUUUGUUCCCAAGGUGUACAUCAUUCUGGCCAAACCAGAGCGUAAUGUACGUAGUGCCUUUACCACUAGCACAGUGGUGCGCAUGCAUGUGGGCGACGGCAAAUCGUCUUCAGCUGCCAGCCGUUCUUCUAGCCUGGUUAAUCUGUGGAAACGCAGAGGCUCUACUGGAGAGACACUCAGUUCCAAUGGUAAAUCAGUGUCUUGGGCGCAGACCGAGCGCACCAGUACACGUGGCAACCACCUGUGGCAGCGGCUAUCCUUUCACAUCAAAAAGAAGGAGAACAAUCAGACUGCUGUUAUUAAGCCCUUCUCCAAAACCUCAGAGGAACGUUACUGUGGUGGUCCCGACUUGCCACCACACGUUCCUCUGCCCUCUCUACCGUCCAUGUCAUCCCUGCCCACUCAUCCUGACAGUGUCACCGACAAGACUCUGUACGAGCUCUCUGAAGCAGAGGAACGUUAUUCGAUCACAUACCGGCCACAGACGCCUUCGCCGAUCAGCACCAUCAGUCAGAGGAUAGGAGCGGGCUUAGGGGAGGACCCUCAGAUGGUCAGUAUUCCAAAGUACCCGAGUAGCAUUUGCAGUGGCGGCAGUGGAAGCAGCUGCGGACCUCCCAGCAGCGGCUCUGUUGUCACUGGGAGUGAUGGUCGUUUAGUUAUUGUGGACGAUCAGCCAGGAGUGGCCCAGAGUACACUGAUGGACCAGAUCAGCUGCGUUGUGAACCGCUUCACUGCCAACAUCUCUGAGUUGAACAACAUGAUGCUCUCAACCUCCCCAACGCACUCACAUACACACAAACACACACCUCCGUCUCCUCAUCCCCCUGACCCUUACCUGUUGCCCCGUGACCUCCAGAUGCCGCCGACCCUCACCACCUACGCUGACGUCCAGCCACUCCCACCUGUUGAGUCAAGUUUUGGGAGCCGAGGUGGUUGCCCCAUUCACUCGAUCCCUCAUUCCCCUUACCCCCUGCCUCCCCCCCAUCCCCAUUCCUCCCCUUCUCUCUCCCCAAUGCGAGGAGGCCUGGUCACCUGCCUCACUGACUCACCACUGAGAAGGUCAGAGUUAGAAGAGGAGCUAAUCGCUUUGACUCCUCCGUCACCUUUCCGCGACUCUCUGGCAUCCAGCAGUGGCUCAGCUAUGUCAGAGACAGGUCUUUGUCUCCCCCCAGUCCCCUCCCAUCCUCCCCCCUCUCCCCCUUCACCCAGGUACAGCAGACUGACACUCAGAAAUUACAGCCAGAGUUCGUCCUCGCUGUAAGGCAGAGAUGAUAUGUAAAGAAAACACAGAAGUGAAGAGGAGCACUCAAAAACAACACAGGUCUUAAAGACACAUACAUCCCUGUGUGGAGUAAAAACCCGAAAUAAGCAGUCGGAGAGGGGCUAGUGGGGAAAGACACCAGGCUGUGUUCAUGUUUACAUGUUUGCAGUGAGAAGAAAGUACAAAGAGCUUAUUGAAUCUUCUUAGUGCUGUCUCUGAUGAAUGAAGAUGAAAACCUGCAGAUACGGUCACUAUAAUGUUGAGGUGUUUUGGCGUCAGUGACGUCUGAAGGUCUAAGGCUUGUGUGUCUUUUAGGUUUGGGUAGUGGCCUUAAGGUAACUGGCUAUUAACUAAUUAGAGAUUGUGAAUGUGCGUGUGUUAAGUGUGUGUGAGUAUUUUUGGUGUAUCAUAGUUGAGGAGAGGUGGUGGCAACAUGAUAGUAAAGAGUACUGAUGAGGUAAGUCUCCUACAGCCUUUACACAGAGGCUACCAAGGGCACAUAUGUAAUUGCUCAUAGACACCCACACUUAAGAACAAGUGUGAGCACACCCAUACAAUAUAUAAUGUAAGGGACAACAAUGUAAAUAUAUGAGAGGUUAUGGAUUUUUCUUUGUGAUAAAAUCCUACACGCUUCUGACAAAGUGCAUUGCGUUAACAGUGUUAACAUACUAAGACAGAACUUUCUGACGUCUUUUUAUUUAUUCAUCUUUCUUACCAUCUCAGUCCCUCUUUCUCUUGCAGAUUUCUUUUAUCCUGCCAGUACUGCAGUAUUUUCUACUCUCCAGUUAGUUUUCUUCAGAAGUUUGAAUGUAUAUUUUCUACAUGAUUCCUGAACCUGAUGGGACCAAAUUUUUGUAGCUUUCUGUCUGUAACUUGAGAAAGAGGGACAGGAGGGAUUGACAAGACCAGGCCUCGUUUUACUAUAAGCAUCUUAUUCAUUAGUUAUUCAGGUGGGCUAUUGGCAGAAAUCUAACCCCAGUGCUUAUUGUUAGUGUGUGACAUUUAACGGUGCAUUUUGUAAGGCUUAGCUGGAUCCCAGGCCUGACAUUUUAUCCGCACAAUGUGCCAGCAGGACUAAGUCGCUCCGUUUCAUCAAAGAUGCUGCUUUGAAUUGGAUUAAUAGGAAUCACAGUCAUCUCUAAUGUUAGUGGGCGCAAAUUGAUAGAUUCAAGCUGGGUGAACCUCCCACUCAGCCUGCAUGAGCUUCAUUUAUUGGUGGCUUAAAAAAAUAGUAAAGGAACAACAACCAAAUAUACGUUAACAACGAUAUUUAAAUAGAGCACUUUGUAAUGUGGAGUUUGUUUUAUAUUAAUAAAACAUUCUCAUAAUUCCCCCUGGGUAGACUGAUGACUGACUUCCAGUGACUUCCAGACAAAAUGCCAACAGCAAGAAAACAUAGAUGUAAAAAUGACUGAGACCUCAAGUUGUAUUGGAUUAAAGGACCAGCGUGUAUGAUUUAGUGCCAUCUAGUUCUGACGUUUGAUUGCUACCAACUGAAUACUUUCAAGUGUACAGGUGAAUCUGCAAUGAAUGCCACUUAAAUGUAAAAGUGUAGAAGACCUUCUUUAUAUCCACAUUUGGUAAAGCUAAUACUAAAUUCCAUUUCUUCUAAUGGAUCACUUUAAAUCGUACACACUAGUCCUUUAAAUAAAAGUCGCUUUAAAGGAAGAUCUUGCUUCAUGACUUGAUUACUUUGGAAACUAGUUUCUCUCUAAAAGCUAAAAUAGUCCUUAGACAAUGAUUUGGAUUGAUAUUUGGAUAAGCCUUUAAACAAAAUGUACUUAAAUGUGUCCACUUCUCAGAAUAGUAGUGAGAGAUAAAAUGUGCAGAGGAAUGUGUUCACAAAGAUGCUUUUGAGAAAUCGGGCCUCGGGUUUGUGGCAGUUACCUCCAUAGUAAAAAACAUCCAAGUCAGAAGGCUGUAAUACACAACACCAACAUUCUGUUAUUUUAUUAUUCUGUAUACAUCCGUCACUACAUUAAAGGUAAAUAUGGUUGUCAUGACCUACUUAUUUUCUGCAGCAUGCGCAUUCGUCUGCUGUGACAGCUGACUGAUGCAGAUGCUUCCCAUCAUCUGAUCCUUUUGAUUUUGUGCUCUGCAGUAGCCAGCAAGAACAAACUCAGACAAAGUGACUCUGUAAAUAAUAAGGGCAUGCAAAGACAGUUCUGUUUUGUUUUAGAUGAAAGUGGAUUAUUUACAUAUCGACAAAGGUUUAAAAAACAGAAAAAAAAAUGUUUUGAGCUAUGUUAUAUCAUAAAGUACCAAUGUGUGUUACGACUACAGAAACUGUGUUACUACUCUGAAUGUGUGAGUGACCAUUCCUAUACAAAUGUCUUGUAAUUCAACAAUAUAAUAAUGAUUAAUAUUAAUAUAAAUAUUGUGCCAAAGGGAGGGUCUAGCUUACUAGAUAGUGGGUAAAUACGCAGUUUCAUAAAAAAAAGAAAAUACGUAAAUGUAAAACUGUUUCUAUUGUUUUGGAUAUUUUCUAUAUAAAUAUUCCAUAUUUUCCAGUGUAAAAGCAAUAUUAUCCAUUCGUAUUCAAGUGUGCAUCUGGGUUUCUUAAAAAAUCAUAAAAAGUGGUUUACAUUGUUUUGUUUUGUUUUUUGUUGUUGUUGUUUUUAAUCAAUCCUAAUAUCUCUGGAUUACACUUAAACAAAGAGGAUGGUUGGAAAAUGAGACCUUUUUCUUGAUGUUAUGUCUAAAUCUAUAUUUAACAAAAAGGAUGUAUUUAGUCAUUUCUAUUAGAAAAGAAGAGCCAAUUUCCUACCUAUGAAAUUUUCAGCCUUCAAUUCUAAUCUUCGUACAGUCUCCAGUUUACUGAUGACAGCUGCUGUGUUAGAUAGUUAGGGAGAUAUGUUGUGCCAUUAUUUGAUGUUUAUUUAUUUGCUUUUUUGUGGUGCGCAGGUAAAUUAAGAUGAAAAUCAAGAGGGAUUUCUUCAAACUAGUGUGUUUCAAAAAGUCAGAGAAUAAUCUUCUGCUUUGGUACCAGUGGAGUAAAAACUAACUCAAGCAACAACUGAGAUAAUUGCUCUGAGGCUUCAGUCUUUGAAUAAAACUUUGUAGAUAAAAAUCAUGCCACCAGUUGGUCAUAAUUGCCGACAUAAUUAGUGGCACAUUUCAUAGUGCUGUCAGUGCAUCGUUACUGCUAUAUCUACUCAUCUAAUUUUAAUAGUCUGGGCUCUGACCUCUUGUCCAGAACAAACCUGUUCUGCUGUUGAAAUAUUAUUGAGGACUGACAGUGUUUGGAAUGUGCUGAGUAACGAGGAGCUUGUUUCAGCAUUUAAGCAGCACGUUAUGAGCCCGCUGGGUGAAGCUCAGCAGUUGCUUGCUGCCUCUGCAGAAAAUUAUUGAAUCAUGGCACAUCUCCUACUAUCUCACUCUCUUUAAGGGCUUGGUUAUUUGACAUCAUAAUUAAUUUACAUCUUACACCAAUGUCAGAUGUUUAUUGCAAAAGAUUAGGAUUUAGAUCAGGUUAAAAUGGUUAUUCUGAUUUGAUGGGGACUACAUUAGCAUUGAAUCAGGGCUGUAUAUUGUUUAAAAAAGAAUUUAGGCAUUGACUUGUAAUCUAAACUUAACAAAGCAUUUUUCACAAAUGUGAAGUUAUCUCUCCUUUAUAAAAACAUGAAAGAUGCUACAUUUGUAUUGCAGCAGGACAAACUGAGAACUCUGCAUUAAUCUGCACUAAUCUGCACUAAUUCCUCCACACUUCAGCCCUCCCUCAAGGAUCACUACUCACAUUAAUCUGUGUUGAUCUCCGCUAAAUGACAUUUCCAUCAUGGUCCAGCCAAAACAUGAUAAUGAUGAUGGUGAUGUCUGCAAAAUUCUUGCACUCCCCAAUAGCAAUGAUGUCAAGCCAAAACGCUAUUUAUUUUUGUAAAUGCACUCUAAAGAAUUGAACUGAUAAUCCUGAAGCCCCAAAAUACUUUUAAUCCAGACAUGUUCAUCUGCUGAUUGGGAAAAAAAGACAUUUAUUAAAGGUCAUUUAUUUCAUGCCUUUUAAGUGAAAGUAUGUAACCACUGGAUAUAAGGGUCGCUUUUAUCUCUCUAUCAUUACAACCCAUGUCAGAUAUGUGGAAUCCUGGUGUUAUGUCAGAUCUUUCCAUCCAACAUUAUUUAUUUCUGCACUUGAAAGUCCCUGUUCAGAACAUGCAAAAGCAUUCUGAAGUGUUGUAUGUGCGUUGGCAGGGAGAGCCGAUAGAGAGUGGAACUGAGAUCCAAACAUGCUUUUUAAUGCUACUCCCACUCUGCAUCAGCCAGGACACAUAUUAAUGCCAAGUGUGAAAGUGACAAACAGGAAUUUCUGCAGUCAGUAAAAACAUCAGUUUGGCUGGUUGGCUUGUUGGUGGAGUUGCUCAUGUCGCCUUGCCUAAUUAUUAAUUUGAUUUGAUAUAGAAAAACCAAACUAUGUUUACUGUGUAAACCCCACAUCGACUGAUGGCUGGACAGACCUGAUGAAGUUAGUUUUGUGAGCCUGCUGUCCCAGGCUGUCACUUUAUUAUUAUAAUAAUGUGUCAUGAUGAACACCUUACUGAGUAAACUUAGGCAGUUUUCACAGAUUCUUUAAUAAUGUUAAUGAACAUAAAUCACAAGAUGCUAAAGCAAACCAAAGGGAGGGGUUGGGGACUUUGAGGCCAAGAUCAACAGCUCCCUCUUCCCUCUGUGUUCUAAGAAGUAAAUUCCUUGACAUUUAGGGUAAUUCUGCUAUUUGUUUUUGUUUGCUUGCACAGUAGCCAACUGAAACAAGUAAAGGCCUCAUUUGUAAUUUGGUUUAUUUAGGAUGUGGGCUUGUUUCAUUGCAUGUAAAGCUGCAAACCACUAAAACCAUUUUCUUAGAAGCUGUUUAAAUAAAUAAUGUUGUAACUUAACUCACACCUAGUGUUGAGACAAACAUAUUCUGCUUAUGAGUGAACCAAGUAUCUCCAAAUCAACAGGAUGCACUGUCAGGAUAAACUAAAGGCAUUUAGACUCAAAACUGUGCUGUAUAAAUCAUGUCUUAAAAAUCACACAAAUACAAUUACAGUAUUUUUGUAAGUUUGUGUGAACCUGCUGAUUUGAACGUGGCUUUUUUAUAACAGUAAAAACACAAGUGGUUUAAUGUACUUUUCUCAGCCUAUAGCGUUAGUGUGAACUAUAUAAUGCAGAGGAGAGAGGAAUGGGUAUUGUGUAAUAAAGAGUGAGGUUGUGUAUUAUGAAAUAAGGGAAAAGUUUGUAUAUUUAUUUACAUGACUUUGAGAUUUGUGAGACAUCAUUUAUUAGUGUUUUGUAUAGAUUUUGUUUAGUGAAAUAAACUUCUUCCAUCUUUCUAUUUGAGAAUUAAACUGAAGACCAAAACUAUAUAAAAUAAAUAAAAUAAAAAAUAAAUGAAUGAAUGAGUCAAUUAAUGUAUUAAUAAUCCUUAUAUGCGGCCAAAUAAUAUAAAUGGCAUUAAGUAGUAAAAUAUAAACAUAAAUUGAUUUCUCCUUUUUAAUUUGCACUACUUUCAUAGUAUUUCAAUUUAUUGAGUGAUCCCCUUUUAAAAUGUAUUUGUUUGUGUAUUAUUUUCCCUUUCCAUUUCCCCUAUAUUUAUUUCCCCAAACUUAUUUACAUAGAGUACAUCUUCACUUUUUAUAUUUCAUUAUUCAAUUCUGCUUUAUUCUGAUCAGUAUGCACAUGUCUUUAUUCUUCAUUAGUCAUGCAAACCUAAUAUUUACUGUAUUUAUUGGGUCAUAAAUGUAUUUAUUUUUAAAUUUCUACAGUUCUGGUCCUCCACAACAUAAAACCAAUGAACCUUUGACUCAGAGGAGUGAGACACAGAGACACCAGUGUGGAUAAUUUCCUUGGUGUUUUCUAGAUAACUGCUAUGGACGCAAACACAAGCAAAAUCCUCAUUAAUGUUUUACCAUUACAGAGUUAGCGAUAAUGAUAAUAAGAGAUGAAUGUUACCUGUAGAAGUGAUGUUUACCAUCUAAUUCCAUCUGACCAUCUAAUUAUAAGCAAUAAUUUAGUGUUAUUCUGGAACACUAAGGAUGAUCUGAGCAGAAAAUCAUCUCACUUAUUCCUGAAAAAGGCUGGUCAUCUCCGUACAAUUGAAUACCCCACAUCAUGCUCCAGUCCCUUUACAACCCACAUUUACUAAAACUUUAAUUUAGAUGAGCUCAUGGAAAUGGCUAUUUUGGAACUAAUUUUGAUAAAAAAGGGAAUGAUGAUGGGUUACAACGGAAUGAAGAGCAGAAACUCUAUAUUUUAUUUGUUAUACUCUAUAUUUUAAUUUUGUAAGUAAAGUAUUUAUUCAUUCCAGGCAUAAAAUUACUAUUACUGAAUGAUAAAUGUCUAUUAGUUAUUCACCAUAUCCCCAGAUUACAGUGUAGCUUUUGUUUCAUCACAGCAUUAUUAACAUAAGUUCCUUCACUCAGUGCCAACUUUCUCUCAUCUUUUCAUUUCACUUUGUCUUGUUUUUUUGUUUUUUUUUAGCAAAUGUGAACUGAGCUGUGGUUACAGAGGCCCUACUGUACAAGGCCUCUGUAGUCUGUUAGCUGUAUAACAGUACCAGUACCUUGAAGAAAUGUUUCAACAAUGAAACAUUUUUUAAGAAAAUACUGUUUGUCUACUCGUGUGGAUGUUUGAUUGUUAGUGAAUUACUUUUUGUUUAAAAUCUUUGUUGGUCUGUUUUUUUUUUGCUUUUUUCUUGAUGUUCAGAACUAUAGAAUGUUGAUGCUACAUUAUUGGCGUGAUGGAAGAUUUAUAUUUAGAUAUUUGAUCAUCUAUUAAUAUUUUGACUCAGAUUUGUAAAGUAUCAAAUAUGAGAUUAUAAGUGGCUUUUUAGAGAGGGCUCGGUGAGGUGAGGAGAUUAGACUAUAAACAGGUUUUGUAACUUUAUUACUGACCGUGCCCACACGGUAUCUGUAGACUAGACUCAGACAAGGGAUUGUGAAACUGGCUUGCACAUACUUCAUGCUUACACAGGUUUUUUUUGGCAAUUCACAACAUACCUGAAGCAGAUUUGGCCAUAAAUGAAUUCUUCUCAUCUCCCAAUUAAGCCACCUUUAUCCCUGUUUGAAAAUGGCCCCUGGUUGUUGCCAUGACGGUCCUUCUCUACACUAAUCUGUGGCCACUGGGAACAGUAAAGUGGAAAUAGGCUGGGGACAGUCAUAUGAUGGGUACUUUUAAAUUAACAGAGGACAAUAAACAAAGAGUCAGGAGCAAAGGUUCAUACUUUGUGGAUAUGUUUUUCUGUUGUUGCUGCAAUGAAAAACACAUUUAACAUUUUAUGAUCCCAGUUUAAACCACCCACCCCAGGUUGCUCUGCGUCUUCUGUCCUUCUGGCAUCUAUUUUGUAGAUCUCUCCCUAUAGUGAAGCAGGGGAAUCUGAUGGGGAAAAGAGCAGAUGCAUUAAUUGGAUUGGAGAAGAAUUGCAAGUCUACAGAAGUCUGUGUAUAAGCAAGAACAGUGAGCACUUAAACAAGCAUGAGGCAUAUGAAUAUUGCUCCACAUCCACAUCUGUGAUUUUCUGACCGUGUUAAGAAAGAGAACACAUGAAUUCCAUCUUUUGUUGAACUAAAUGUUCUGCUGCUAAAGGACUUGAGGGGUAGAUAUUUAAAAGUCAUCAUAAGUUGACUCAAUGCAGUACAAUGCUCAGAGAUGCCUAGUUUAAAGUUCCAGAGUAUUAUUCACAACACAUUUACACCUGUGAAUAAUUACAUCAGUGGAACGCAAUACCAUUAUUGUACGGACCCUAUACAACAAUGCAGAGGUGUUAGACUGGAGAUGGGAUAUAUGUGUGUCUGUGAGGGGAAUCUAACAAAUAAUAAUAGAAAAAAAAGUUUUAUUUUUGUUCUGUUUUUGCCAUUAAUAAUUAUUCUGUAAGUGAACAACAAAAUACCUUUGAAUCAUUAUUGAAAUCAUUAUUAAAAAAUGCUAUCCUCGA